GGGCGGGCUGGAUGGGGAGGUCGGAGGAGCAGUGGGCCGUGGGUAAUGAGCUCCCAACCCCUGGGGUGUUGAGUGACGGCCGUGGGGCGGAGAGGGGACUACGGAGUUAACGAGUGAAUGGUUCAUUAAUUGAUUGCUUUAGCAACUGUUUACUUGGUGGUGGUUUAGUCGCUAAGUCCUGUCCGACUCUUGUGACCCCAUGGACUGUAGCCCGUCUCUGUCUGUGGCAGUUUUCAGGCAAGAAUACUGGAGUGGAUUGUCAUUUCCUUAUCCAGGGGAAUCUUCCUGGCCCAACUGUUUACUUAGUGCAUAGUGAAUACCAGACACCAUUGUUUCACUUUAGUCAUCACAAUAGCCCCAGGGGGUCAGGGUUCAUAACGGCCAACAGCUCACAGCUUCAGACGCCGGCUGAUCUACCAUGGGCUUCCUUAGUUAGUCUACAGAAGACCCAGCCUGAGACCUCAGAAGGAGUAAUUAAUAUUGUCAAAAGUGAUAAAAUGCGAGUAAACAAAAAAGGAAAGGUGAAAUCAACCCUCAAAGGUAAGCAGGGUCAACGUUUUAAUAGAUGUUCUUCUUCAGUACAUGCAUAUAGCUUAACAAAGGAGAUCCCACCCACAUGCUUUCUGGUAACCUGCUUUUAAAUAUGUUAAGACAUGAGAACAGGAUUCCAUUGCAUUUUUAAAGCCCAUGUGGUAUUUCCCAUUUUGUGUAUCUUAUUUUUUUUAAACUUGAGCCACCUUUACUGGAGGUUUAGUUGCUUCCAGAUUGUUGAAUGGUGGAAAUACCUACAGUUAAUAUCUUUGCAAAUAAAUUAUGAUAAAUUCCCAGGCAUAGAAUUUUUGAGAGAAAGGAAAUAUCAGGUUGUUAAUGGCUUCUGAGUAGAAGUUUUUAAACACAGUCUUAUAUCUGUCCAGGGAGAGAAAAUCAAUUUCCAUGGGAUUGUGCAAAACCCAUGGGAUCUUAGCCAAAGGAACAGCCUGGAGCUACCAGGCCUUGUGUCCUGAUCACCCUCACUGUGGGGCAGGGGUGAUUGUUAUUAGGCUGGUGAUGGUGGUCUCAGGGCUAUGUGCACUGACCUCAACCCUCCUGAUUCUGCCUUCCUAGAUCUCCAUCCUUGGUCUGGGCAGAACCAGAUGGCCAUGUCCCAGGAGGAGUGGCAGCAGCUGGACGCUGCUCAGAAGAACCUCCACAGGGACGUCAUGCUGGAGAACUACAGCCACCUGGUCUCUGUUGGAUACCUUGUGGCCCAGCCACAUGGGAUCUUCAGGUUGGGACAAGGAGAAGAGAAGGCAGGGAUGGCAGCUGGAGAAAGCCCACUGUGGAGCUGUCCAGAAUUCUGGAAAGUUAAUGACAAGACAGAUAACCACAAGGAAAGCCAAGACAAACCUCUAUGGCAAGCUGCAUCCAUAGAUAAGGAAACACUGAAGGGUAAAAGUGGCCAAGAAUUCAGAACAUAUGGAGAAAUCAUUUAUCCAAGCAUAGGCUUUGUUUCUAUAGGACAAAGACUCACUAAAUAUUAUUCAUGGGGAGAGUGUUCAAAACAUAAUUUCAUUUUUCUUAGUCAAAGUAGAAGCUGUGUGAGAAAGAAUGGUGAUGAAUGCAAGGCAUAUUGGAAAUUAUGCUUCCAUUCUAAUCUUGAUAAAGCUCAAUCUGGAGGGAAAUUCUUUGAGCCUAAUGAACAUGGAAAAGCCCUCCACCAUAAGCAAGCUCUUAAUAAAAGUCCAAGAAUUCAAAAUGGGGAGAAACUCUAUCAAUGUUCUGAAUGUGGAAAAGUGUUUAUCCAGAAAGCAAACCUUGUUGUACAUCAGAGAACUCACACUGGAGAGAAACCUUAUGAAUGCUGUGACUGUGCAAAAACUUUCAGCCAGAAGUCAACCCUAAUUGCACACCAGAGAACUCAUACAGGGGAAAAGCCAUAUGAAUGCAGUGAAUGUGGAAAAACAUUUAUCCAGAAGUCAACUCUGACUAAACAUCAGCGAACUCAUACAGGAGAGAAACCAUUUGUAUGCAGUGAAUGUGCAAAAGCUUUUAAGAGUUCAUAUCACCUUGUUAGACAUGAAAAAACACACAUUAGACAAGCAUUUUAUGAAGCUAUCAAAUGUGAUAAGUCCAGCCUUAUAUAUCAAAUGACUCAUAUGGGUGAGAAACCUGAGUGCAAUAAACAUGGGAAAGCCUUUGAUGAGACACCCACACCCAUUGAACAUCAGAUAACUCAUACAAAAGAGACACUUUACAAGUGUAGUAAAUGUGGAAAAGGUUUCAGGGGAAAGUCACAUCUUUCUGUUCAUCAGAGAGUUCAUACACGAGAAAAAUCCUAUGAAUGCAGCAUAUGUGGGAAGACUUUCAGUGGGAAAUCACAUCUCUCUGUCCAUCAUAGAACUCACACAGGAGAGAAACCUUAUGAAUGCCAAAGGUGUGGGAAAGCAUUUGGUGAGAAGUCAACCCUUAUUGUACAUCAGAGAACUCAUACAGGAGAAAAACCCUAUAAAUGCAACGAAUGUGGGAAAGCUUUCAGUGAAAAGUCACCACUGAUUAAACAUCAGAGAAUUCAUACAGGAGAGAGACCCUAUGAGUGCAGUGAAUGUAGGAAAGCAUUCAGUAGGAAGUCAACUCUCAUUAAACAUCAGAGAAUUCAUACAGGAGAAAAACCUUAUGAAUGCAGUGAAUGUGGGAAAGCUUUCAGUGUGAAAUCAACUCUCAUUGUACAUCACAGAACGCAUACAGGAGAGAAACCUUAUGAAUGCAGAGAGUGUGAUAAAGCCUUCAGUGGGAAGUCAACUCUCAUUAAACAUCAGAAAAGUCACACAGGAGAUAAAACCUAUUAAUAUACUUGUUAAUAACCUAUAAUAUAUAAUAACCUAUUAUGAUAACCUAUUAAUAAUUUAUAACAUAUUAAUAUAUUAAUAUAGAGAUAAUUUCACUAGUUAUACCUCAUUAUAUUAUAUAUCAAUUCAUCCUGGGGAGUAACCUUAUAAACAUCAAGAAUGUAAAAAACUUCAUAUACUAUUUAAUGUUCAUUUAACUUAAGAAAGAGCACAAAAGCAUAAUUCCAGAAGCAUCUGAUAAAUGUGACCAAUUUUUCAUCCAGAAUUCUCACAUGAGUGGAGAAUUAUAUAUCAGAGAAUUCAGAAGUGACAAAACUGCGAAUAUAUUGAUGAGAAAAGAAUUUAGAAAGAAUUUAAAUGUCAUUGACUAUCAGAGUAUGCUGAAAAGAAACUAAGAAUUUAAAGUGUAGAAAACUGUUAGAAAUUAUGAGAGAAAUAUGUUCCAUAUUUUUUUAUUUUAUUUUUUUUUCUUUAUUAUAUCCAUAUUUUAUACCACACAUUUUGUGGGAAAGGUCUAGAGGUUCCAAACAAGCACGCAGUAAUUAAGACAUGUUCACUGUGGAGUAAGUAUGACAUUUUUGAAAGAAAAAUAUAAAGUAUAAAAUUACAAAUCCUAGCUAUGGCAAACUACGUUCACUUCUUAAACAAAUAGGAGAGGAGGGAUCUAAGAUGGCGGAGGAACAGGACAGGGAGACCACUUUCUCCCCUACAAAUUCAUUAAAAGAACAUUUGAACGCUGAGCAAACUCCACAAAACAACUUCUGAUUGCUAGCAGAGGACAUCAGACACCCAGAAAAGCAGCCCAUUGUCUUCGAAAGGAGGUAGGACAAAAUAUAAAAGAUAAAAAGAGAGACAAUGGAGUUAGGGACAGAGAGCCAUCCCGAGAAGGGAGUCUUAAUAGAGGAAGUUUCAAGACACCAGGAAACCCUCUCACUCUCCGGUCUGGGGGAAGUUUUUGAAUCUCGGAGGGAAACCUAACUGGGAGGAAA